CCAUUCACACAAAGUUUGGCUCCAGCGCUGCGGAGGGAGGGGGCGGCCCGGCCCGGCCCAGCUCUGCCCCCGGCCGGCCCGACCCCGGCCCCGGCCCCCGGACAAGCCCUUAUCUGAUCCCAGCUCCGGGUUUAAGAGUCCUGGCCCGGCCAGUCGCACAGCUCUGCUCCUAACUCCUGCCCGCCCCGUCCGUCCAUCUGUCCCGCUGUCCCGCGGCCCAUCCAAGGGGCCACUCCACCUCGGACCCAAGAUGACGUCAGUUGCCAAGGUGUAUUACAGUCAGACCACUCAGACAGAAAGCCGGCCCCUAAUGGGCCCAGGGAUACGACGGCGGAGAGUCCUGACAAAAGAUGGUCGCAGCAAUGUGAGAAUGGAGCACAUUGCCGACAAGCGCUUCCUCUACCUCAAGGACCUGUGGACAACCUUCAUUGACAUGCAGUGGCGCUACAAGCUUCUGCUCUUCUCUGCGACCUUUGCAGGCACAUGGUUCCUCUUUGGCGUGGUGUGGUAUCUGGUAGCUGUGGCACAUGGGGACCUGCUGGAGCUGGACCCCCCGGCCAACCACACCCCCUGUGUGGUACAGGUGCACACACUCACUGGAGCCUUCCUCUUCUCCCUUGAAUCCCAAACCACCAUUGGCUAUGGCUUCCGCUACAUCAGUGAGGAAUGUCCACUGGCCAUUGUGCUUCUUAUUGCCCAGCUGGUGCUCACCACCAUCCUGGAAAUCUUCAUCACAGGUACCUUCCUGGCAAAGAUUGCUCGGCCCAAGAAGCGGGCUGAGACCAUUCGUUUCAGCCAGCAUGCAGUUGUGGCCUCCCACAAUGGGAAGCCCUGCCUCAUGAUCCGAGUUGCCAACAUGCGCAAGAGCCUCCUCAUUGGCUGCCAGGUGACAGGAAAACUGCUUCAGACCCACCAAACCAAGGAGGGGGAGAACAUCCGGCUCAACCAGGUCAAUGUGACUUUCCAAGUAGACACGGCUUCUGACAGCCCCUUCCUUAUUCUACCCCUUACCUUCUAUCAUGUGGUAGAUGAGACCAGUCCCUUGAAAGAUCUCCCUCUUCGCAGUGGUGAGGGUGACUUUGAGCUGGUGCUGAUCCUAAGUGGGACAGUGGAGUCCACCAGUGCCACCUGUCAGGUGCGCACUUCCUACCUGCCAGAGGAGAUCCUUUGGGGCUACGAGUUCACACCUGCCAUCUCACUGUCAGCCAGUGGUAAAUACAUAGCUGACUUCAGCCUUUUUGACCAAGUUGUGAAAGUGGCCUCUCCUAGUGGCCUCCGUGACAGCACUGUACGCUAUGGAGACCCUGAAAAGCUCAAGUUGGAGGAGUCAUUAAGGGAGCAAGCUGAGAAGGAGGGCAGUGCCCUUAGUGUGCGCAUCAGCAAUGUCUGAUGACCUGUUCCCACUCCCCCAUUCCUCUGGUCUCUUUUCCUCUCUUCCAAUGCCCUGGUAAGGAAUACUACCCGGGUUUACUGGAGAUCCCCCGAAGCACCCAUCCUCCACUCCCUCUUCUUUAACCCAGUGGCCUGUUGGUAGCUUAGGCCAACUGGAGUCCAGGUUCACCUCCCACUGUCCCCUUUCCACUCCCCCAGCUUCUGCCCCAAUACACAUACCUCCCUUAAGCCAGGAUGGGGAAAAGAGAGGGAUUAGGCUGAAGUGGCUUAGAAGGCCUCAGCCAUGCUUGGAUACUCACAUUAGGAGGACCAUGUGGUUGGAAGGAUAGACUCCCCCCACCUCCCGCCACCACCAUGAAGUUUGGUGACUUGAGGCUGGAGCUCCCUCUGUUACCUUUCCAUCUAGCAAGUUCCCAAAGGCAAGACUCUCUCUGAUGGUCACUUUGUGGUCUGUGCUUUCAGAAAUACAGGAAUCUGAUAUCAAUA